UUCUGCAGCCUCGUUUUUUGAAGGGUGAAACAAAUAUGGCAUCUCAAGUUGAAAAGCUGGAAACUGAUGUGCACAUUAAGGCCUCUGCUGAACAGUUCCAUGAUGUUUUCUGUAGCAGAACACACCACCUUGCCAACGUUUGCCCUGAAAAAAUUCAGGGUGUUGAAAUUCAUGAAGGUGAAUGGGGCACUGAGGGAUCUAUCGUCUUCUGGAAUUAUGUUCAUGAUGGAAAAGCUUGUGUGGCUAAGGAGCUGGUUGAAGCCAUAGACACAGAAAACAACACAAUAACCUUCAAAGUAUUGGAGGGAGACUUGUUGGAGCACUAUAAGAGCUUCAGGAUCACAAUUCAUGUUAUUCCACAGGAGGAGGGAAGUGUGGCGCACUGGACCAUGGAAUAUGAGAAGCUAAAAGACCACAUCCCUGACCCUCACACCUUGUUGCAGUUGGCAAUUGAUGUCAGCCAUGACAUUGAUUCUCACCUUAUUGCCCAGGAUCAGCAAUAG